UGAUGAUUAGAAAAUUAUUAUCAAAAAGGGUCCUUUUUAUUAGACCACAAUUCUGCAUUAAUCACAUGUAUGAUUAAUCAAUUUAUUGGCAAGCUUCGAUACUCAAGAUCAAUUUAAGAAGAUUAGCAGGACAAGCAUCGAUAGUAUUAAAUCAUCUGUGAAACCAUUACCCUCUCCAACUGAAGAAGCCGGACUCUUUAUGGAAGAAAAUGAAGUAAGAGAAUGUCUCCCUACAACACUUAGGUGGAUGUGCGAUUCUUAAAAGUUUUGAAAUCCUUUGAAAAAAUAGAUGUCAAAUCAGUUAAUUGGGAAGGAGAUUUAAUCAAAGAUCUAGGUUUGGAUAGUCUUGAAAGAAUUGCUUUGAUCACUUCAGUUGAGCAUGAAUUUACGGCAAUCUUUGAAGAUCGAGUAUUUGAUAAUUUGAAAUCAUUGUAAGACAUUAAAAAGCAGAUCUUAAAAGAUGAUUCAGCAUUUUGA